CAUCCACAGAAACUUGCUUUGAGAGUUCGGUGAAAGAAAGGGGGUUAUUCGGGAGAGCUAGACUGCUAGAGUGAGUUGCCAUGGAUACAAAAGAAGAUGUGAGGGUCGGAGCAAACAAAUUCUCAGAGAGGCAGCCGUUGGGCACGGCGGCUCAGACCGACAAGGACUACAAGGAACCACCACCAGCACCCUUGUUUGAGCCAGGCGAGCUCAAGUCAUGGUCAUUCUACAGAGCCGGCAUUGCCGAGUUCGUGGCCACCUUCUUGUUCCUCUACAUCACCAUCUUGACCGUCAUGGGCGUCAAGAGGUCACCCAAGUGUGCCUCGGUUGGCAUCCAAGGCAUUGCCUGGGCCUUUGGUGGUAUGAUCUUCGCUCUGGUCUACUGCACUGCCGGAAUCUCAGGUGGACACAUCAACCCAGCAGUGACCUUUGGUCUGUUCUUGGCGAGGAAGCUGUCCCUCACCAGAGCAGUGUUCUACAUGGUGAUGCAGUGUCUGGGAGCCAUAUGUGGUGCUGGUGUUGUGAAGGGUUUUGAGGGUAAUGCUCGGUAUCAGAUGUACAAUGGUGGAGCAAAUAUGGUAAACCACGGAUACACCAAGGGUGAUGCUCUUGGAGCUGAGAUUGUUGGCACCUUUGUCCUUGUCUACACUGUGUUUUCUGCCACUGAUGCCAAGAGAAGCGCCAGAGACUCUCAUGUUCCUGUUUUGGCUCCUCUUCCCAUCGGAUUUGCUGUGUUCUUAGUGCACUUGGCAACCAUUCCCAUCACAGGAACGAGUAUAAACCCAGCAAGAAGUUUGGGUGCUGCCAUCGUCUUCAACAGGGACGCUGCAUGGGAUGAUCAAUGGAUAUUCUGGGUUGGACCUUUCAUUGGAGCUGCCCUGGCUGCUGUAUAUCACCAGAUCGUCAUCCGAGCCAUUCCUUUCAAGUCAAGGGCUUAAGACCCUCAUCUUCUCUGCUCUGCUUCUUUUGUAUUAUUAUUUGGAUCUUAUUUUUGUUUGCGUUUGUGUGUGUAAAUUAUGAGAUCAUGACCUCUUUCUUUGUGUCAAACUUCGAAUGUAGAAUUCUUUUUUUAACA